AUGUGGGAAAAUAAAAGCAAGUAGAAACAAAAUUACUUUCCACUUGUCUGUGUCUGGAUCUGUUUGCCUUGGAGCAGGAAGGGAAGAAGACCCAGAUCAGAGAGGAGAGGACAUCAAUGGAUGAUGAGAUUGAGACGAGGCGUUUAAAUAAUUGGGUGUCCGAACCUCAUGAAAAGCUCCGAGAGGGAAUCGCUUCGCUUCUUUCUCGGUGGAUUGGUCUUCAAAUGGCUGUCGAGAACCAGUGGGGCGGCCAAGACUCCGUCCACAAGUCCCACCAGCUUGGUGCCGAUAUCUUUUGUUGGAUCUCACAGUCUAAAGGACGACUUCAUUUAGAAGAUAUUGAGAAUUUGCUCCAUGAAACCAUGCUGUUUUCUUUCAACACAGAGAUUGAGGAUGGCAGCAUUGAGGAGGUUGCCGAACAAUUGAUGAUUAUGCAUGAAGAAUACAUGCAUGCAACUUAUUAGACUAUAUACAAAUCAUGCAUGCAUCACCGAAACUCAUGUCAUGUCUCGCUCA